UCAGCCGAGGCGCGGGGCCUCUGCGGCGAGGGAGGCCGGCCGGGCCUUCGCUUGGCCGAGGGGACCUGUCCGACCGGGUGGGGAGGGGAUGAUUUUUUUGGGGGGGGGCGUCUUCACAGGCCUUAGCAUCCCCCCCCCCAGUCCCACAGCCUAAACCUGGGACGGGAGGAAGGAGGGAAGCCGUGGCGUGACAGGGAGUAUGUCGCACAUGGCAAUUUUUAUUUUUUGGUUCGACGUGAAUUCGGGUGGGGGGAAGGGGCUGUCCAUGACUCGGUCCCCCCCUCCCAAAUUAAAAUCAAAUACCAGGUUUCAGUUUCUAUCAUUACAGCCCCACCCCAUCCAAAGCUCAAUGCCAGGCUUCAGCUUUUUAUAAGUUACAUCCCCGCUUCAAAUCCAAAAUUCAGGGCCAGGUUUCAGCUUCUAGAAUUAUCACCCCCGCCAAAAAUACCCAAAAUUCAAUGCUAGGCUUCAGCUUCCAUAGCUACAACCCCAAUCCAAAAUUCAAUGCCAGAUUUCAGUUUCUAGAAUUACAUGCCCCCUCUCAAAAAAUAAUAAUCCAAAAUUCAAUGUCGGAUUCUAGGAUUACGUGCCCCCUCUCCAAAAGGAUUCAAUGCCAGGUUUCAGCUUCUAGAAUUACACCCCCACCCCCUUCCAAAUUAAAUUUCAGCUUCCAUAAUUACAUUACGCCCCAAAAUUAAAAAUUCUAUGCUACAUUUCAACUUUCAUAAUCACCCUCCCUAAUAAUAAUAAUAAUAAUAAUUCAGUGCCAUAUUUCAUGGGCGUAGCCACCAUUUAUGUUGUGGGGCAGGCUUCAUGUGGGGGUGGGGCAAACCUCAGUUAAGUAUUUUUAUUGAUUUACUUGAUGGGGGGCAGCUGCUUCCCUGCCCCCCCUGGCUACGCCCAUGCCAUAUUUCAACUUCCAUUAAUCCAAGUGUUAGUCCUUAAGGAACUGGAAAGAAAACCCACCCCAAACUCUUCAUUGUUUCUGGAAGACAAGAAGUAAUAAUCAUCAUGGAUGUGCAGAGUGUGUACCACUCUGUUGUUGUUGAACCUUUCUCUUUCUCUCUCUCCCUGCAUCAAAGACUGUGUGCGCCUUGCGACAGAACUGUGAAAUUUGGAGGCAGUCCAAGCAAAUAUAUCAUAAUGGCAGCAGAUUCUAUGGAAAUUGAUGAUGCUUUGUACAGUCGGCAGAGGUAUGUUCUUGGAGACACAGCAAUGCAGAAGAUGGCUCAGUCCCAUGUGUUCCUGAGUGGAAUGGGUGGGCUUGGAGUGGAGAUAGCUAAGAACAUAGUUCUUGCAGGAAUAAAGGCUCUUACCAUCCAUGAUACCAAGCAGUGCAAGACGUGGGAUUUAGGGACAAACUUUUUUGUUCGUGAAGAUGAUGUUCUAAAUUUAAGAAACAGAGGUGAGGCAUCACUUCAUCACAUUGCAGAGCUAAACCCAUAUGUCCAGGUGAUGUCAUCAACUGCCCCUUUAAAUGAAGUUACAGACAUCUCUUUCCUCAGAAAGUACCAGUGUGUCAUAGUAACUGAGAUGAAGCUGUCACUACAGAAGAAGAUAAAUGACUUUUGCCGUGAGCAACACCCACCUAUUAAGUUUAUAAGUGCAGAUGUAUAUGGGAUAUGGGCACGCCUGUUUUGUGACUUUGGUGAUGAAUUUGAAGUCCUGGACACCACAGGUGAAGAGCCAAAAGAAAUCUUCAUUUCGAACAUAUCUCAGUCCAAUCCUGGUAUCGUCACUUGCCUUGAUAAUAACCCUCAUAAGCUUGAAACGGGACAGUUUGUAACUUUCCGGGAAGUUAAUGGAAUGCAGUGUUUAAACGGAUCUACGCAUCAAAUAACUGUGGUAUCACCUUAUUCUUUUAGCAUUGGGAAUACGGUGGAUAUGGAACCUUACUUACAUGGCGGCAUAGCUAUCCAAAUAAAGACACCUAAGAUAUUCCAUUUUCAAGAGCUGGAGAAGCAGUUGAUUAACCCAACAUGCCUUGUUGCAGAUUUCAGCAAGCCUGAGGCCCCUUUGCAAAUUCACAUUGCCAUGCUUGCCUUGAAUCAGUUUCAAGAGAGUUUUGCUCGUAUGCCGACAAUUGGGUGCCUUCAGGAUGCCGAGGAGAUGCUGAAGAUGGCAGUGUCCAUAAGUAAAACAUUGGAAGGAAAACCUCAAGUUAAUGAAGACAUGGUGAAAUGGCUAUCAAGGAUGGCUCAGGGAUCUUUGGCACCUCUUACAGCAGCACUCGGUGGUGUUGCCAGUCAAGAAGUCUUGAAAGCAGUGACAGGAAAAUUUUCUCCCCUGCAACAAUGGUUGUAUACUGAUGCAUUUGAAUUAGUCACAUUUCUGGAAAAAGUGAGCCAUGAAGAAUUCCUUCCAAGAGGGGACAGGUACGACGCCUUGAGAGCCUGCAUUGGAGACGCCUUGUGUCAGAAGCUGCACCAUCUUAAUGUUUUCUUGGUUGGUUGUGGUGCGAUAGGCUGUGAAAUGUUGAAAAAUUUUGCGCUCCUUGGUGUUGGCACUGGCCAAGAAAGGGGCAUGGUUACAAUUACAGAUCCUGACUUAAUAGAAAAAUCCAAUUUAAAUAGGCAAUUUCUGUUCCGUCCACACCAUAUACAGAAGCCCAAAAGUUGUACAGCAGCAACAGCAACGCGUAACAUCAAUCCUCAGAUCAAGAUAGACCCAUAUCUGAACAAAGUUUGCCCAGCUACUGAGAACGUUUACAGUGAUGAUUUCUACACUGCACAAGAUGUAGUUGUUACUGCGCUAGACAAUGUGGAAGCAAGGAGAUACAUUGACAGUCGCUGUCUGGCAAGCUUGCGCCCUCUCUUAGAUUCUGGAACGAUGGGGACCAAAGGGCAUACAGAAGUCAUUGUGCCUCACCUAACAGAAUCAUACAACAGUCAUCGAGAUCCACCUGAAGAAGAAAUACCAUUUUGUACUUUAAAGUCUUUCCCAGCUGCCACUGAGCACACAAUACAGUGGGCAAGAGACAAGUUUGAAAGUGCUUUUUCACACAAGCCUUCCCUGUUUAACAAGUUUUGGCAAACAUAUCCAUCAGCAGAAGAGGUGCUACAGAGAAUAAAGUCUGGCGAGAGUUUGGAAGGCUCUUUCCAAGUUAUUAAAUGCCUUAGUAGAAGGCCAAGAAGUUGGCCCCAGUGUGUUGAAUUAGCAAGAUUAAAAUUUGAGAAAUACUUUAAUCAUAAGGCACUCCAGUUACUUCAUUCGUUUCCCAUUGACACACGAUUAAAAGAUGGCAGUUUAUUUUGGCAGUCACCAAAGAGACCACCUUUCCCGAUACAGUUUGAUAUCAACGAUCCUUUGCACUACAGCUUCAUACUGAGUACAGCAAAAUUAUUUGCAGUUAUUUACUGUAUCCCUUUUACAGAAAAGGAUAUGUCAGAAGAAACCGUUUUAAAGAUAAUUUCUGGACUGAGGAUUCAAGAGUUUCGGCCUUCUAACAAAGUUGUACAAACAGAUGAAACAGUGAGAAAACCAGAUCCCAUUCCGAUAAGCAGUGAGGAUGAAAGGAAUGCUGUUCUUCAAUUGGAGACUGCGAUAUUGGCCAAUGAAGCUACAAAAAAUGAUUUACAAAUGAAGGAACUUGCUUUUGAAAAGGAUGAUGACAGUAAUGGGCACAUAGACUUCAUAACAGCAGCUUCAAAUUUGCGAGCCAAAAUGUAUAACAUUGAACCAGCAGAUCGACUCAAAACAAAACGGAUUGCUGGAAAGAUUAUCCCUGCCAUUGCAACUUCCACAGCGGCUGUGUCUGGCUUGGUUGCUUUGGAAUUGAUCAAAAUUGUGGGUGGCUACCCCUUUGAAGCAUACAAAAACUGCUUUUUCAACUUGGCCAUUCCAAUAAUUGUCUUCACAGAAACAGCUGAAGUGAGAAAAACUGAAAUAAGAAAUGGGAUAUCUUUUACAAUCUGGGAUCGAUGGACUAUUUAUGGGAAAGAUGAUUUCACACUCUUGGACUUCAUAAAUGCUGUCAAAGAGAAAUACGGAAUUGAGCCAACUAUGGUGGUUCAGGGAGUUAAAAUGCUGUAUGUUCCUGUAAUGCCUGGACAUGUCAAAAGAUUAAAGCUGACGAUGCAAAAACUUGUGAAACCAGCAGCGAAUAAGAGGUAUGUGGACCUUACAGUAUCAUUUGCUCCAGAAACAGAUGGUGAAGAAGACUUGCCGGGACCACCAGUUCGAUACUAUUUUGCCCACGAAAAUAACUGAUGCAGGCAUACCGUUUACAGCAUAGCAGGACCACAUAAAAGGAGUGUGGCACCAUUUUUAAAUGGUACUAUAUACUUGGUGAAGCCUUAAUUCAGAAACAAAACAGUGGAAACUUGUGAGAUGUACUAAGGAGCUCCAUAGCAAAUCGGACUUGCAAUUUCCUUGUAUGUAGCAUUUUCAUAGCUAUCUAUACCUAAGGAGGAUUAGAAGCUUGCUGGAAAUGAUGGUUCUUUUUGAAGAAAACACACUUAUUAACCACUGCAGGAACACCAGAACUGCAAUCAUAAAAUCUGAUCACAGACACUGACCAUUAAAGGAGGUAGCAGUUGAGAUUUGAAGAAGCUGCCAAUUUAUACCAUUCUAAAACUGAUUUCUUUUCCUUUUGUUUUGUUUUAACCUGGCCCCUAAGCCAGUUCAUCCUGCUGGUGUUCAUUACAAUAACACGGCUUUUCUCUCUCUUUCCCUUCUGAUGCUGAUAGCACAUUUGAAAUGUUGCUUUGGAAUAGAAUCAUAGUGAGGAGAAGCUGAGCUCUUGUAAAGUUAGGUUUUAUGUUUUUCUUAAAAAAAAAAAUAAUUAUGUCUUUCCUUGUAAAGCAGAAACAACUCCAAUUCUGUUCCAGGCAUUCCUUUGUCAGAACGGCGAUUGUCAGGGCUAGUUUGCUUUUUCAUACUGGUUUUAUUUAAUAAGCUUGGUAAUUCAUUCUUUGUAUGAAGAGUUUAGCCCUAUACAUUGAUCCGAAUUGAAAGUACAAGUGUGGGGCUUUUAGUUGAAACUUGUCAACUGCCACAUCCUUCAACUGCCACCUAGAGUCAGAGAGAGAACACUUGGUGACAGAACCAAGCAUUUUUACACCUUGAUCUGCUUCAAUCACAUAGGAAGAAAGAGAUGGGUCCUAUUUUGGCAGUAAAAAGAAUAUACAAUGGAAGGCAUCCCUCUCUGGCCACUAGUUUUCUCCCUGCAAGCCCCUCACCCCCAAGUGUUUUGCUCUGAGUCAAGCUCACUUGCAAUACUAGCCACAGACUGAGAAAGUAAGUCCGCAGUAACAAGAGGGUGUAGCAGUCUUUGCCCACACCACUUUUGUUGCUCAAAAUUCAGCCCAUCCACCUGCCGCAUUCUUAUGGAAUAGGGCAGAUCCAGGUUUAAACACACUGUUUACAUACCCAGGAUACUGAAUUAUGCCAUCAGUGCUAUUGUCUGACCACUGGCGCUACUUGGUUGCGUAUUAGGGACCCCCCCCCCCAUCAGCUUUUGAAGGUUUCACAAAUGCUGGCCAUAACUCAACAUGGACCUUGGCAUGCUUAUGCCCAAAUCAGGGGGCUUACAUGUGUUCAGUUCUGUGUUGGGUUGUGACCUCUUAUUUUAAAACCGCAAAAGCUUCCUGCCCGCCGCCACCACUUGGUGUGCCAGUUCUGUAAAGCAUGUUAAUAUACAUAAUCAAUUUCGCCUGAAAUGAGUGAUUAACAAAACAGUUUAGACAGCCACAUUUAAAUAGUCCUGUACAAAAUAUACUAGGAAGCAGAGAAAGAACUUCGGCCAUAGUCUAUAUGAAAUGGCAGUGUGCUGCAUAUACAUAAUGGCCCAUUUUUUGCUUCCUCAUCUGUGUAGCACUUGAAGGGUAAUGCUGUUGCUUAUCAUCUUCUCUUCCUCUUAUUCCCCUCCAUGCUUUACUAGAGAAGUCAAAUCCACAUUCAACAUUGUUAGUGCUUUUUAAAAAAUCACCAGGUGUCUACAAAGGCUUCAGGCUGUGUCCCUAAAGUACUUCAUCAUGAGAUACUUGGUUAUAUCAAUAUUUUCUGACAUUACGACAUACAUUUUCUCCGGUUUCGUAUUUCUAUAGGCACAUGAGUACCAAAUACAUUUUUCCAUAAAUAUUUGGAAAAUAGUCUUAAAAUGUAAUUAAUGCUACACAAUGUGUUUCCCCAAAUAUACAGAUGAUAGUUUAUUAUAAUUUGUUAUAGUUUAUAAUAUUUGAUUUGACAACUGGCUGAUUAAUUUAUUUUAACAACAAAUAUUUCUUAUGGUGGUGGGAGUUGGGGAGAGAAGAUAUACCAUGUGACAGUGCGGCGUGGAGGGGUGCUGAAGCUUUUGUUUAUGUUGCCAUAGUGGCAAUAGAGGUAUAUAUUUCAAAUAAAAGCUUUGAUCUUUUUGUUUUAAAUACUUUUGGAAAAGGCAAACUACCGUGAGCUCUGAAAGCUAUAGAAGAUGGGUAGAAAUAAAACAAAGAAUGGCUGUCAUGAACUUCCAGUGGAAUGCAAUGAGUGUUUUUCACAAUUUGGAUGUGAUCAUGUCUUGUACUAGCAUUUUAAAAAUUAUUAUUAUUAUUAUUAUUAUUAUUAGUCUGUGGGGUUACUAAUCAGUGUUCAAAAGUAAGAAUGAGACUAUCUUUGCAUUUGCAAAAUUGCAUUUGAUGUCAUACAUCAGUAGGCUUGAAACCGAAGAACCUUUUCCAGCAAGUCUUCCUUGCAGACCUUACAGUAUAGAAAAUUACAGAACAGGUAGCAAAAACAACACACAGAUGUCCCUACCUGUUUCGCAGUCCGUUAGUCUUAUCUUGAGGAUUAUUCUGCUCACAUAAGUGAUCUCAAAGAAUGAUUUCAGUUUAAGUAAUAUACACACACGGACUAUACAUUUCCACAGUUUGUGUUAUCUAUGAAUUUAUUUCAGUACAUUUUGAAGUGGGAGUGGGGUUUGUGUACACAAGAUAUGAUGUACAGCCAAAGCAGUUAUGAAAACUGCUUUUUGUCUUUUUCAUAUUAAAUGAUUUGAAAACAUACACUCAAAAUGCACAUGGUUUUGUCAAUGGUUUCUAAUAGGAUACGUUGCCAUAUGAAGUGUGUGGAUCAUUGAAAAUGCUUUUAUAACUAGCAGUCCAUGCAAAAAACCGGGCACGUCAUCUUAAGGUGUGUGAACCUGAGAUAAUGCAUU